AUGCAGCUAAUGCUGGGUCUGGAUGAGCUCGAGAGGAGUGGUUGUGCCUAUUGCACACAGGCGGAGCUGACGCUCGGACUCGCCGUCUGUCGCGACUCGGGACAGGACAAGGACAGGAACCCCGCCGAUCUCGCCUCCCGGCCCGCCCACAGAAUCAUGGCGGCACCCGCUCAGAGCUGUGUGACCUUUGAAGAUGUGGCUGUGAAGUUUUCCCUGGAGGAAUGGAAUCUUCUUAAUGAUGCUCAGAGAUGCCUGUACGGUGACGUGAUGCUGGAGACCAUGACACUUAUAUCCUCCCUGGGUUGUUGGCAUGGAGGGGAAGAGGAGGCGGCACCUUCGAAGCAGAGCACUUGUGUACAUGUAUACAGAGACCAGAGAGUUCACAGUGGAGAAAGGCCUUAUGAGUGUGAGGAAUAUAGGAAAUUAUUUAAGAACAACUCCUGCCUCACUGAACACAGAAUAGAUUACAAACACAAGGAUAUUUGUGCCAGAGAAAGGCCUGAUGAGUACAGCAACUAUGGGAAAUUAUUUCACCAAAACACUACACUCCAUAUUCACGAGAGAUUUCAUACCGGACAAAAGCUUCAUGUGUGGAGUGACUGUGAAAAAUCGUUUCACCAAAGCUCUUCACCCCUGCAGCAUCAGACACUUGACACUAGAGAAAGGCCUUAUGAGUGUACUGAAUGUGGGAGAGCCUUCGCUGAAAAGUCCAGUCUCACCAACCACAGGAGAGUUCACUCUGGAGCAAAGCCUUAUAAAUGCAACGAAUGUGGGAAGUCCUUUCCUUAUAUAUCUAAUCUCACUAAACACAGGAGAGUUCACACCGGAGAAAGGCCUUAUGAGUGCAGUGAAUGUAAGAAAUCCUUUUCUUUAAACUCCACCCUUAUUAACCACUUGAGAGUUCACACUGGAGAAAGGCCAUACGAAUGCAUUGAUUGUGGAAAAUUAUUUCGCCACAGUUCUUCCGUCCGUCGCCAUCAGAGCGUUCAUACUGGAAUAAGGCCUUAGAAGUGAAGAAAAUUUGGGAAAGUCUCUUGCUCAGUCAUUGCGCUCCUUCAAGGCCAGAGAGUUCACUCCGGAUCGAGGCCUUAUGAGUGUGACAAAUGGGGAAUAUUCUUUGGCUAGAGCUCUAGCUUCUUUAAAUAAAAGAGUGUUCCCACUGAAUAAGUGCCUUUUGAGUGCAAUGAAUGUGAGAAAGCCUUCAGCCCUCUCACUGGUUCCCAGAGUAUUUACGCGAGGAAAAUACCAUAGAUGUGGAGGCAAUAUUGUUUCUUCUUCAGUAUAACACGGGAGGAGAUCCCUUACGAGGAUGCUCUCUGCCUAAAUUGAAUGUCAUACAUGAAAUAGCUGCAUACAUCCCAGGUAUGUGGGAACUGCAUAGCAUUUUUCAACCUGCCCAUGUCUCUUGCCAGACUUCAGUGACUGCCAGUUCUCUUGCAAAAAGCAUUUCACCUUUACCCCUUGACAGGUGGCCACAGUAAAUCAUCCUCCUACCUCAUCACAAUCCAGAAGUAACUGAUUUUCUUUCAUUCACCAGAGAGGUUUUUUAGUAUCCUCAGCACUCAUUCCAUUCUCUUUUCUUUCUCUCCCAUGAGUUAGGCCAUGAACCUGACCCAUUUUUGGCACAGAGGAGGACUCUUCUGAUGACUUAAAAAGAUAGACUACUUUUUCAGGGAUCUUUUGUAUCCCGCAGGAUUAUUAAGAUGGAAUUUUCCAGCUCACCGGUCACGAAUCCUAUUGCCCUGGUUUGUGUUAUAAUAAAGGCUCUGCUGCUUAA